AUGCAGUGGGAAUCUGCAGUAGCCACCAGCACCCCGGGCUUCGUUCCUCUGGUGGUGCUGGAGCUGGCCUCAGACACCAAGCAGGAGGCAGCAGUCUGGCUGCAGAGCAGGAUCACCGCGCCUCAGAGGAACGGAGGUGCUGAGCUGCAGGUGGAGCAGCUGGGCCCUGGAGUUGGAGCUCAGAAGGACAACCCCAACCUGUUCCUGGUUGGGGCCUCCUGGCAGAGGUUGCUGUCUGGUGCCGAGGACCUGGGCCUCUUUAAGGAGUACAGCGAUGGCUCCAUGAGGGGCUUCACCUGUGUCAACAAGCACAGCUUCAAGGACUUUAAAGGUGAUGGAGAUGGCUUUCUUAGCAUGGCUGAGUGUCAGUACAUCAUCAAGCAUGAGCUGGACACACUGCGGGCCAGAGAGGAGACGCAUGUUCCAGGAUACACCCAAGCAAAGCUCUAUCCUGGGAAAUCUAUCAUACGCAGAUUGCAGUCCAAAGGGAUCCUGAUUCAAAUGUUUCCUCUCCAUGAUAAAGAAGAGCUAAAAAGACUUUCUUUUUCUUGGUAUAAAAAAGUCAAGUUGUCCCAUCAGCCUCUUGAUGAUAUCAGACACUACUACGGUGAAGGCCAGGCUCUUUACUUUGGCUUUCUGGAGUACUUCACCUUUGCCCUGGUACCAAUGGCCCUCAUUGGAGUACCUUAUUAUCUGUUUGACUUGGAGGACUAUGACAAAUAUGUAAUCUUAGCUGUUUUCAACGUGAUCUGGUGCACAGUUAUCCUGGAGUUGUGGAAAAGACACAGCGCCUCACUAGCCUACCGCUGGGGCACUUUGAGCAGAAAAAAAGCCUUUGAAGAACCUCGACCUGGAUUUCAUGGUCUCCUCGGAUUCAAUCCUGUGACGGGCCGCGAAGAGCCCCUGUACCCCAAUGCGAAGCGUCAGCUACGAAUUUAUCUGGUCUCUCUGCCCUUCGUCCUGCUCUGCCUCUACAUUUCUCUCUACGUCAUGAUGAUCUACUUCUUGAUGGAGGGAUGGGUGCUGUCAAUCCACGAUGAAAACGCCAAUUUCUGGACGGGAUUACUUCUGUUCGUCCCCAGUAUCGUAUAUGCCGUGGUUAUAGAGGUGAUGAACCUCAUCUACAGAUAUGCUGCUGAGUUCCUCACUGAUUGGGAAAAUCACCGGCUAGAGUCGUCAUAUCAGAAUCACUUGAUCCUCAAAGUGUUAGUGUUCAACUUCUUCAACUGUUUCGCCUCACUGUUCUACAUUGCUUUUAUUAUGCAGGACAUGGCACUGCUCAGGCAUAGCCUGGCCACCCUGCUGAUCACCAGUCAGAUUUUGAAUCAGAUCAUGGAGGCCUUCUUGCCCUACUGGCUCCAGAGGAGACGCAACAAAAAGAUGGUUCGCAAAGUUCAGAAGAGAAGACUUAUUCAAGACAAAGCGCUUCCUCUGAAAGAGCAGGUUCGACUGGAGGCUGAUAUGAGCACAUACUUGGGAACAUUUGAUGACUACCUGGAGCUUUUCCUGCUUUUCGGUUACGUCAGCCUGUUCUCCUCUGUUUAUCCCCUGGCUGCGGUCCUGGUGGUUUUGAAUAACAUCACUGAGCUUUAUUCUGAUGCCUUCAAGAUGUGCAAUGUUUUCAAAAGACCCUUCGCUGACCCAGCUGCAAAUAUAGGAGUCUGGCAGCUUGCCUUUGAGGCCAUGACUGUCAUCACUGUUGUGACCAACUGUGCUCUUAUUGGGAUGUCUCCACAAGUCAAAGGCUAUUUCCCUGACUCGGAGACACAACUCAUUCUGUGGACUGUGGCUGUUGAGGCAGCAACAGGCAAACAGGUGGACAGCCAAGAGACUGUCCCGAGCAAAGUUGGAGUUCAAGUGGAUGGCCUGAGGACCAUCCAGAGCAGGACCAGAGUUCAGGUGGAUGGCCCGAGGACCGUUCAAAGUGGGACCAGAGUUCUGGUGGACGACCCGGGGGCCGACCAGAGCAGGACCAGAGUUCGGGGAAGGAUGGAAAGCCGGGAGGUCGGGCCUGAGUUCAGCAGCCGGGGGGGUCAGAGCCGGGUUCUGCAGCUGACGGGUCAGGCGAAGGGUCUGCAGGCGGCGAGUCCGUCGAAGGGUCUGCAGGCAGCGAGUCUGAUAUGGAGUUUGAGAACAGAAGAGCCGGAGCGGGCAGCGAGACCAAGGGAACUGGAGCAGGCAGCGAGACCAGGAGAGCCGGAGUGGGCGGCAAGACCAGGAGAGCCGGAGCGGGCGGCAAGACCAAGGGAACCGGAUUGGGCAGUGAGACCAGAGGAGCCAGAUCGGGCGGUGAGACCAGAGGCUCUGCGGCUGGAGGAAGCCCUGGAACUGAGUUGGGGGCCUUGGGAGCAGAGCUGGCCGAUUCAAGCAGAAAAAGGGCUUGCGUCCCUCGUCGACCUCUCUUUCUGCGGCGGCGAGGAGCAGGGCAGGCAGGUGGGUCACUGUCGAUACCCACUGAGCAAGAUGGUGGACUGCUCCUUUCUACACCCACUGAGCAAGAUGGAGCUGUGUCAAUAG